AGAGCCACAUAUGGUUAAUAAGGUGUCAGAAGGUGAAGAUGCCAUGUGUGCGCGUGUUUGGCUUCUCACUCUCUGCAUAAAGUCUCCCACCUCCUCUCUCACCGCUCUCAACUCUGAAAAAACCUGAAACGUUCAUCAAGAAAAACUUGGAAGAAUCUCAACACAACACAACAAAAUUGAAUUGAAUUCAUCAAUGAGGACACUGGUUUCGCGCUUGAUCCAUUCCACUCCCUCCAUUUCCAGGCUCAAUGCAACGGCUGUGAGAAAUCUCUGCACGGAACCUAACAAGGUUGACGAGCCCUUCAAAGUUGAAGAAGCAGAGACUGUAAAUGUGCCUCCACCUCCAACAGAGAAGUUGCUUGUGUUGGGAGGCAAUGGAUUUGUUGGAUCACAUGUUUGUAGAGAAGCAUUAAAUCAUGGGUUGUCUGUUGCCAGUCUUAGCAGGUCUGGUAAGUCAUCCCUGCAUGAUUCCUGGGCUACUGAUGUCAUCUGGUAUAAAGGGAAUCUCCUUUCAACUGAUUCAUUGAAAGAAGCUCUGAAUGGGGUCACUGCUGUUAUCUCAUGUGUCGGUGGUUUUGGCUCCAACUCAUACAUGUACAAAAUUAAUGGGACUGCUAACAUCAAUGCAAUUAGAGCAGCUUCUGAUCAAGGUGUUAAAAGAUUUGUCUAUAUUUCUGCUGCUGACUUUGGUGUAGUAAAUUACUUACUACAGGGGUAUUAUGAAGGAAAGAGAGCUGCUGAAACAGAGCUUUUGACCAGAUUUCCUUAUGGAGGAGUAAUUCUGAGGCCAGGAUUUAUUCAUGGGACUCGAACUGCUGGGAGUAUGAAGAUACCCCUUGGUGUGAUUGGAUCUCCAUUAGAGAUGGUUCUGCAACAUGCUAAACCAUUGACCCAGAUCCCACUUAUAGGGCCUCUAUUGACACCUCCUGUGAAUGUUAUCGCGGUGGCAAAAGUUGCUGUUAGAGCUGCUACUGAGCCUGUUUUCCCUCCGGGGAUCUUAGAUGUCUAUGGAAUACAACGUUACAGUCAGCAGCAUAAAUAAAAAGUAGAGUUAUUUGUCUCUAGAUAUCCAUUUUUACUCUUGUUAAACUGAGAAUAUUUCUCCACACCGUUUCCUUCACAGAAUAAAUAUCUGAAAGUGCAUGUAUGUAAUCUUUCCAAAUUCCACAAUUUUAAUGUCUGAAUCUUUCUUAUGAA